GUGCAUAAUACAGCCCCAAAGAGGGUUGCUUAUUAAUCUGGGGUUGAAGGUCAGCUUGGGUUAUCUUUUUAAAAAUCAGGCUCGGCUCCUCCCUCACUUUGAGGUAUCUGUUAAGAGUUCCAGGUUGAAGAGACUCUUCCUUGCCCCUGAAUCUUUGCUGUUUCAAAGCCUUGGAAUACCAUUUUUGCCUAUAGUUUAUUUCUGGGAACCGAGGAAAGGGUAUCUAACUGGUCUUGGAGGAAACCAUCUUGUCCUAUGUGAAAAUAGGAUUUGGGCUGCAGACCGUGGCACACAUGUGAGAUCCUUCGGAACACAGUGUCUCCGAUCAUCCUCAACCCCUAAGCCAUCCGACACUGGUGAGGACCAUGUCCCUGUUCACAUCCUUCCUUCUGCUCUGCGUGCUCACGGCAGUCUAUGCCGAGACCUUAACCGAAGGGGCUCAAAGUAGCUGCCCUGUGAUUGCCUGCAGUUCUCCGGGCCUGAACGGCUUCCCAGGCAAAGAUGGACACGACGGUGCCAAGGGAGAAAAGGGAGAACCGGGUCAAGGCCUCAGAGGCUUGCAGGGCCCUCCUGGAAAAGUAGGACCUGCAGGGCCCCCAGGGAAUCCUGGGUCAAAAGGAGCAACGGGACCAAAAGGAGACCGUGGAGAGAGUGUAGAAUUUGAUACUACCAACAUUGAUUUAGAAAUUGCAGCCCUGCGAUCGGAGCUGAGAGCUAUGAGAAAGUGGGUGCUCCUUUCUAUGAGUGAAAAUGUUGGAAAGAAGUACUUCAUGAGCAGUGUUAGAAGGAUGCCCCUUAACAGAGCGAAGGCUCUGUGCUCCGAACUCCAGGGCACUGUGGCCACUCCCAGGAAUGCUGAGGAAAAUAGGGCCAUCCAGAAUGUGGCCAAAGAUGUUGCCUUCUUGGGCAUAACGGACCAGAGGACUGAAAACGUUUUUGAGGACCUGACAGGAAACAGAGUGCGCUACACUAACUGGAAUGAGGGUGAGCCCAACAAUGUGGGCUCUGGGGAAAACUGUGUGGUGCUCUUGACAAAUGGGAAGUGGAAUGACGUUCCUUGCUCUGAUUCUUUUUUGGUAGUUUGUGAAUUCUCUGACUGAGGGUGCUUGUUUCUCAUCCCUCCUUGAUACUUCAGUGUAUUCUAUAAGUCCACAGUUUGUUCUGAAAAUAUAGGCAAUUCAACAUUGGUUACCUAAUUAAACUGUAACAUUUUUCAGAAUAGCAUUCUCUUGUGAAGGUGUAGAAAUGAAAGGAGUUUUACUUUUCAUUUAUGACACGUGCUCUGCGGGGCCCUCUUUUCUCCUUGAGUAAUGGCGUCACCCUGUCUAAUUCCACAGUUUCUCAGCCCAGCCUCAGGUAUUAAAAGGGUCUACUCACAGCUUUAUUUCAGAGAUGUACUUCCUAAUGAAAUGUCUUAAUGGGACAUUAAACUAUGGACAAGCUAUAAGUCUCGGGUGAACAGAUUAAUAAAUUCACACACACAUAUAUGUAUAAUAUCAUCCAUCUAUCCACCAUUCAUCUAUUUAUCUGUCUGCCUGUCUAAUAUCUAUCUUGUAGAUAGAGGCACAGAACAGUUCUCUGACCCCAGAAACCACUUAAUUACUUCUCUUAGUUACUGUUACCAAAUUAAGUAUGAUUUUGAUCUGUAUCCUAAUAAAUUAAUUUUAUCUGUUUAUAAACUUCAUAUAGAUAGAAUCAUACUAUAUGUACUCUUUUAUGUCUUAUAUUUACUUCUUUCAUAACUAAUCAUGUGAUAUUCAUUCUUGUCGUUACAGACAACAGUAGUUUAUGUCUCUCAUGGCUACAAAGAGCUCCCUUGUAUUAAAACAUGAUAGUUUAUCUUUUUUUUUUUUUUUUGUUCUUUUUUUCGGAGCUGGGGACCGAACCCAGGGCCUUGCGCUUCCUAGGCAAGCGCUCUACCACUGAGCUAAAUCCCCAACCCUGAUAGUUUAUCUUUUUUAUUGGUAAUGGACACAAUUGAAUGGGUUAUAAUUUUUGGUCAUUAAGGGGGAAAAAACCUUUUGGGGCUGGAGAGAGGGCUCCACUGUUUUUUGUGUUUUUUUUUUUAUUUUUAUUUUUUCAGAGCUGGGGACGGAACCCAGGGCCUUCCGCUUGCUAGGCAAGCGCUCUAUCACUGAGCUAAAUCCCCAACCCUGAGGGCUCCACUGUUAAGAGCUGGUAUUGCUCUUGCAGAAGACCCAAGCACUGAUAUCAGGGAGCUCACAAACUCCAGUACCCCCAGCUACAGGGAGUCUGACACUCUCAAGAUCCGUGAACACUUGCGUUCAUGAGUACAAACCUACACACAUACACAGAGUUAAAAAGAAUAAAAAUAAAUCGUAAAAAAGAAGCACCCAUUAACUUUCUUUAAGUAGAUACGGGCACUGAUUUGCUGGUUGGUUGUUGGUGGUGGGGAAAGCAGGUAUUUAUAUUCGAUGAAAAGAAGCCAGACUCUGGUGACCUGUGUGUGUCAGGUGUAAACAUUGUACAUCUGCGGGGGGCAGGAGGCCGCAUGUCGAUUCUUUUGACUUUAGCCAUUCUCGUAGGUGUAAAGUGAUACUGUCCCCCAUUUUUAUUCUAUUUCUCUGGUGUGUUACGACAAUGAAAAUAUUUCACAUGGUAACUGAUAACCUAAAUACCUUUUGUGAGCGACCUGUUCAAACCUUUUGUAGUUUGUUUAACAUCGACCUGAACUUUUCAUAUUGACAGGAAUCUUUGCAUUCAGAAUACAAAUGGCUACUGUCCACGUGCACUAUACGCACCUUUUCAGGGUUUUACUUCUCCCAUUAUUGGUUUUCAAUGAAUUUAAGAGCUCAAUAAAAACAUAUAUUUUAAA